CACACAGAGAGGCUGACAGCUGGAGUUUGCUGUUGUCCCGGGCAAGCAUGGAUCUCAUGGAUUUGUUUUUCAUCUCUCUUGGCUCUGCGGUCGCUCUCUACUAUGGAGUGAAACUGCUGCUUUUCAGUAGGAUGCUUUUCCCAAAACUGUGGUUUCCAAUUUCAGAGUCCUUUUUCACCUCUAUGGGAGAGUGGGCAGUGGUGACCGGAGCUUCAGAAGGCAUAGGAAGAGCAUAUGCAUUUGUACUGGCGGAGCAAGGAAUGAACGUGGUAAUCAUGAGCAGAACCAAAGUAACACUGGACCAGGUGGCCAAAGAAAUAAGUGACACCACAGGGCGGAGGGUGAAAGUGAUAGUAGCCGACUUCACAGAGGAAAAUGUCUUCAGUGAAAUUGAGGAUGAACUUAAGGACCUCAACAUCGGAGUUUUAGUCAAUAACGUAGGCACGCUGCCCAGUCUCAUCCCGUGCAAAUUCCUUGAGAUUCCAGAGCUGGACCAGACAAUUACAAAGGUGAUCAACUGCAAUGUGAAAACCAUGGCAAAGAUGUGCAAAAUAGUCCUUCCAGGCAUGAACAACAGGAGAAAAGGGGUGAUUGUGAAUAUUUCAUCUGGAGCCGCUUCGAUUCCAUUCCCUCUGUACACCCUGUAUACUGCAUCUAAAGUGUUUGUGGAAAGAUUUUCUCAAGGUCUUCAAGCUGAAUAUAAAGACAAAGGGAUUAUUAUACAGGCAGUAGCUCCCUUUGGUGUCUCCACUCGAAUGACAGCUUACCAACCAACCAACAUCUUGACUCCGUCCCCCGAAGAAUUUGUCAAAUUCUCCCAGCAGUACCUCAGAACUGGGGACAAAACAAACGGCAGCAUCACCCACACAAUUCUGGGUUUGUUACUGCAGACUAUCCCUCCCAAGGUCCUGUAUGCAGAGUCGAUGCUACACAUCAUGCAAGACUUUGUCAAGCGCAAAGCAGCAUCUAAGCAGAGCAACUUUGAAAAUGGUAGGAAUAAAUUAGCAGGAAACACAAAGUGCAGACAUUUGGAUUGAAUAGUUCAGACUGUACACAGAAACUAGUAUUGAUAUUAGUUACUGUGUAAUAGUACUUGUUGAUUAUAUAUUGUGUUAUGUUGUGGGUAAGCCACCCUCAGGAAAACAUUAAUUUUCUUUUGCUGUCAAUACACAGAGGGACUGAUACAUCAGUUCUUUUGUUCUUUUUUAAAAUUGCCCAACUUUCUUUAAAAGCUCUCUUUGCAACAGUGCGUUAUUCCAAAUGUCGACUCAGUCUCCACUUUAUUUGGUACAACUAAAUGCGAUCCAGUACAACUGUGCUGCAAUAAACUCGGCUUUAUGGUGUCUGUUGUAUGAUGGUCAUUUUUGACCUUGUCAUAGAGGUGUCAGUCACUGUAAAUAAUGUGUAUGUAAAUAGGUAGGACCUUCAAUUUAGAAACACCUCUCAACACAACAACAAAACACAAGCUGACUACAACCUCAGCAAUAAUUGUGAUUGAAUUCACACAUUUCCCAUUUCAGUGUCACCAAAACUGAACAUUACUGAACAACUGGUGUAAUUUACGACAAAGCCAUUGUAUUGAAUAGCAAUAGAUUGUGCAAGUGUACUUAAACAUUAUGGGACUGUAUGGCCUUAAAAUAACAGCACCAGCUACAGCUACAGCUACAGCUACAGCUACAGCGACUUGUAACAAGGUGAAUGGUGCUGGAAUGGCUGAUCGCUUAUUUCCACACUGUGCAACUUCAGUGAGGAUAAAAUUACAAUGUUACAACACGUGACACUGUUGCGACGUUAUGAGUUUGAUACCUUCAUUACGUCUAACAUGCUGUCACAGAGCCGGGAUCCAUAUAUACCACAGUGGUGUUGCACUCAGAGACUGUGGGGAGCCAGUUUCUACAUACCGUUGCUCAAAUAUAGUGGACACUGAGUCUAAUUUAUUGAUAUUUAGGGGCACCAAGAUCCCAAAGGAGCACCGUUUUCCCUCAGAAAAAGUUAAUGUCAUUUAGGUCCUUUCUGAAAUCCAUUUAGAGGGGCACUAUGUCGUUUUGAGGAAGAAAUUUAAAGAGAAGAGAAACAUUUUCACUUAAGGAUUUUCUUUCUCAAAGAACAACACCAUUCUGUGCUGUUUCACACUGUCUAUAUUAGCUGGAACUUUCUAACCAGCUACCUUUCUAUGGACCUGAUUCUUCUUGAGGCCUGCUUGUACAUAUGGAAAUAUAUUAAAUAACAAACUUUCUUUGUAUUGUUACCUCAUUACUAACUUGUAAAUAUGUUCUCUUUCUGAGAUUGAACUUUUUUUCCCCCCAAAAGAACAUAAUGCACUUUCAUUUGUAAGAGCUGACAUUAAUAGCCUACUUUUUAAAAUAUAUAAUGCUGUCUAUGCUCCUUUGUGUAUUUGUGUGUAUUUCAUUUGUAUAUUCCAACGUAAAUCUAGCUAAAUAGGAAUAGGAAAUCUAAGUUCUAAUGCAACUGCAGUUACUCAUGAUAUGUUUCUGAUGCUGGCAAACCAUUUCUUUUUUUGUCACUCAUGGUAAAUGCUGUGUUUUUGUUUGUUUUUCUCUUGGAGAAAGGAAAAGCCUGUAGCGUGUCUUGAUAAAAGUCAUUCACGAACCACAUUCACAUCAGAUUAAAAACCACCAAAAAAAAACAUCCAUCCAUUAACGGACCCAAAAUGCAGCACACAGACUCAGUGGAAACGUUGUAAAAAGUUGAUUGGAAAACUUCAACUUCUGAUAUAGUGAAGGAAUGGUGGCACGGAGAGUAUUCUUAAAACUGAUGGGUUAAUGGAGAAGAUCCAGAGGUUGGCAGGUUGGGAGGCAGGUUGGAGGACAUGUGAAUAGCACCAGUCAGUGUGCAGGUAGGCAGGUAAAUUUAGCACAGGAAGAAAACAAGAAAUAGAAAGAACGAGUGCUCGGUCAUGAAUGCAACUACCACUGAAGGUGACUCAGCAGUCUGACAGUUCCGACGAUGACGGAGCGGAAAGCCAAGGUCGAGGCUACAGUCACACCUACGCAAAUGCAAAUGCGUAAGUGUGACCCCAUUGCCCCGGGGGUGAGAAACAGUGCUCUGAACCACACAGUGAGCCCUCCGAGCAGUCCAUUAAACAGGUGUAUAAAUGCAGCAAUGUGGUUAAUGGUUCCCAUCUACAUUUACAAUAAUAUCAUCAUUAAUUCUGAUGUCCUUUAAACCUGAAAUGAAAAUAACAUCCUUGGACUCAACAAAGCGCUGAUAGUCAGGGCUGUGUGUGUGUGUGUGUGUGUGUGUAUCCAGUUCCCCAUAGUCAUAAAUUUCGUAAAGGAGAAUGAGUGAUAAUGAGUCUGGCGCCUUAUCUGCUGAAUUGAAGGAACAGUCCUGUCCUGUUAUUCACCCACACUCAUCAUGUUGAAAGACACACACACACAGACACACAGACACACACCCACACACACACACACACACACACACACACACACACACACCUGUAACUGUCAUUAUAUUUCCCUUGUGAGAUGGAGGAAACAUUUGAUCAGAUGAGUACACCACCAGACGACUUCAGGUGUCAGUCACCGUUCUGAUAUCCACAAAACCAGUUGGGGGCGGAAGAGAACUGAUGAGCAUCUACGUGGUUCCUGAGAAAUGAGAAUACACUGGGGACGAGGGGUUUGAUAGCCUGCUGCUUACAGGAUGAUGUACAGUGUUUAAGGCAUACACAAACAUCCCCCUCGUCCGUGCAUGUACGUACACACAAGCAGACGUGCACAGCCAUUUGAAUUAGGAUGUGCUACCAUGACGUCUUACCUAAAAGAGUCACUAAUCAUGGGGUGACUGGGCUGUUUAGGCAGACGUGAUUAAUGGUCCUCCCCAUGAGAGAUGAGUGCAGGGAACAGGAAAAGGGGCUUUCGAAGAAGAGAUCGAGACAGAGUAGCGAGGUCAGAGUGACCUAGAUGAUCCAUGUCUGGCCUGGCCGUUUAUAAAAAGACGAAGAAUCACUCAUCUUCACCUGAGAAUAGUCUUUGUUUUUCUUCUUGAGACAGGUACAGUGCAUGCACAAGAAAUAAAGCACUGCAAAACAGAACUAAAGAAAACAAAUUCAAUCUGAAAU